AUGGCGGAUAUGACUGACUUCAUUUACAAAGGGGAAGACUUUGAUGAUAAAGUCAGGAAGCAAGUCGAGUUUUAUUUUUCUGAUAGUAAUUUACAGACAGAUAAGUUUUUAUGGAAGAUAUACGAAGCAAACGAUGGAUGGGUUGAAUUAAAGACUAUCUUAACAUUUAGUAGGAUGAGACAAUUUAGGCCCGAAGAGAAAGUAAUAUCUGCUCUUAAGCAAUCAAAUAAAUUACUUCUUUCACAGAGCGAUGAUAUGGUUAGAAGAAAGGAUCCUUUAAAAGAGCUACAUGAGCUAAGGAAUACCCGUAAAAGAAAUUCUGUUCACGUAGAAGGAUUUCCAAAGAAUUUAACGCAAGAGGACUUAGAAGAAUGGUUUAGCAAUAAAAUUGCUCCUGAUCUACCCAAUGAAAGACAAAUAUGCUCCAUUCGCAGAAUUAGAAGUCGAUCCAAGAAAGAGUUUUUUGGUGUCAUCGAUGUUGAAUUCAAGACACAACAGGACGCAGAUCAUUUUUUAAAUGCGAUGGAAGUUGAAUAUCCUCAAGGUAUAGUUCGUGCUAAUGAUGAUUCAGUGGACAAGAAAAAUUUGCUAAAAAAGAUGUCACUUUUAACAUUUCAAGAAAUGAGAGAGAAUGGAAAGAGGUUUGGAGUCAAUGACGUAACUAAGAGACGCAACAGCUUAAACGAGAACAACCGCAGUAAAAUGUCUAGGAAAAAUUUUGGUAGAAAAAAGCAUGAUGACCCAAAGCUGGCAGCAGAGGAAGAAGAUGACCAAAAAGAACAAUAUGAAGGGAAUGAACAAGGAGAACGAGAAGAAAAGGAAGAAGAAAAAGAAGAAAUAAGAAAGGAAGGGGCUGGAGUAGUAAAAGAAGGUUCUGUAGAUGAAUCUGAAAAAGAAGUGGAGCUUGCAAAAGGUGGUGAAUCUUCAAGUGAACUUGAAGAUAUUAAGCAUGAUGAUAACUCAAAAUCAGGUCAUAAGUAA